AAGUCGACAAACCAAGCAAACGGUAUUCAUUCGACACUCAAGUCUCGUAAAAAAUAAAAGGAAAUAAUUCUCGUUGUGCAACUUAAAAAAAGAAAAAAUAGAAGCCAGCAGCUAUUAUUUCAAUUUCAGUUAAAAUAAUUUUGCAAAUAAUUAAAAGAAAAUCGAUUUGAAAUGUCAUCUCUACCGUUAUUGUUAAGUUUAAUUGACGAAUUGGAUCGUGAAGCUAAUCAUCCAUCUUAUCAUGGCAACGACUUUGGCUUGGGUCUGCCGCCAUAUUUGAUUCAUCGUCAUCCAUAUCGCGAGCCGGCGAAUAACAUGAUUGGAUAUUCUUUGCCAUUUGGUAUAGUUAGUCGUUUGAACGAACGUCAGGCUAGUCGCAGGGGUGAAAAAAGAGGCGAAGACAGAGUCUCGGCAAUUGGUAAAGAUGGUUUCCAAGUGUGCAUGGAUGUGGGCCAAUUUAAACCCAGCGAACUGAAUGUAAAGGUGGUAGAAAAUGCAAUUGUAGUCGAAGGUAAACAUGAGGAACGAGAGGACCAACAUGGCUUUAUUCAGCGUCAUUUUGUUCGCCGCUAUGUCUUGCCUAAAGGGUACGACGCUGAUAAGGUAGUUUCUACAUUGUCGUCAGAUGGCGUUUUAACAGUCAGUGUACCAAAGCCUCAAAUUGAGGAGAAGGCUAACGAACGCAUCGUUCAAAUUCAACAAACUGGUCCAGCCCAUCUUAAUGUGAAACAGAAUUCCCAGGAGAAAGUAGGUGAUGCUGCAAAUGGCGGCGGAGAAAAUGCCGAAGUUAAAUAAAUUCAGAUUCACUUCCUCAAGUUUAUGCGUGUUGGAUUUAAUUCUGAAUUCAUUGUUCUUUUAAAAUAUAUCCUCAUCAGUACUAUCAUUAAUCACAUC